AGCCACUCCAUAUCAAUCUCGAAGCAACCUAAGGAAAAAGCAUAACAUUUGGGGAUGGCUUUAAUCUGUGAAGGUAAGAGUUCAUGGCCCGAGCUCGUUGGAACACGGGCACAGGAUGCAGCUGUAACAAUUGAAACAGAGAAUUCAUUGGUCACUGCUAUCAUUGUGUAUAAAACUUGCGCCGUCACUUCCGAUUUUAGGUGCGACAGGGUUCACGUGGUUGUUGACUGCAGUGGCACCGUUAUCGCAACCCCGUUUAUUGGUUAAGUCAAAAGGACACGUUCCAAAUUUAUGAUAAAUAUUUAGUAUGGUAUUGUAUUCGAAAUAACUCAACAAAUGGACGUUGUGGUCUUUAUUUAUUGUACGAAAACCUUAAAUAAAAUGGCUAAAUUAGGAACAAUGAUAAAGUUCCC